GUGGAGUUUGCAGAGCCGGUGGGCGGUAGGCUGUGCUACCGGUAGCUGGGUGCUGUCCAAAGGCUACAGGGCGUCGUUAGGGGAGCGAGUCGUGACCGGUUGGGCCACACUCAACGUGGGACGAAGGUUCGCCUACUGUUUGACUACGUGCGUGCAGCCUUUCCUUGAUGUCGGCCCUCGAAAAGAGCAUGCAUCUCGGCCGCCUUCCCUCUCGCCCGCCUCUACCCGGCAGUGGGGGCAGUCAGAGUGGAGCCAAGAUGCGAAUGGGCCCUGGAAGAAAGCGGGACUUUUCCCCUGUUCCUUGGAGUCAGUAUUUUGAGUCCAUGGAAGAUGUAGAAGUAGAGAAUGAAACUGGCAAGGAUACUUUUCGAGUUUACAAGAGUGGUUCAGAGGGUCCAGUCCUGCUCCUUCUGCAUGGAGGAGGUCAUUCUGCCCUUUCUUGGGCUGUGUUCACGGCAGCGAUUAUUAGUAGAGUUCAGUGUAGGAUUGUGGCUUUGGAUCUGCGAAGUCAUGGUGAAACAAAAGUCAAGAAUCCUGAAGAUCUGUCUGCAGAAACAAUGGCAAAAGAUGUCGGCAAUGUGGUUGAAGCCAUGUAUGGGGACCUUCCUCCUCCAAUUAUGCUGAUUGGACAUAGUAUGGGUGGUGCUAUUGCAGUCCACACAGCAUCAUCCAACCUGGUACCAAGCCUCUUGGGUCUGUGCAUGAUUGAUGUUGUAGAAGGUACAGCUAUGGAUGCACUUAAUAGCAUGCAGAAUUUCUUACGGGGUCGUCCUAAAACCUUCAAGUCUCUGGAGAAUGCUAUUGAAUGGAGUGUGAAGAGUGGCCAGAUUCGAAAUCUGGAGUCUGCCCGUGUCUCAAUGGUUGGCCAAGUCAAACAGUGUGAAGGAAUUACAAGUCCAGAAGGCUCAAAAUCUAUAGUGGAAGGAAUCAUAGAGGAAGAAGAAGAAGAUGAGGAAGGCAGUGAGUCAAUAAGCAAGAGGAAAAAGGAAGAUGACAUGGAGACCAAGAAAGACCAUCCGUACACCUGGAGAAUUGAACUGGCAAAAACAGAAAAAUACUGGGAUGGCUGGUUCCGAGGCUUAUCCAAUCUCUUUCUUAGUUGUCCCAUUCCUAAAUUGCUGCUCUUGGCUGGUGUUGAUAGAUUGGAUAAAGAUCUAACCAUUGGCCAGAUGCAAGGGAAGUUUCAGAUGCAGGUCCUACCUCAGUGUGGCCAUGCAGUCCAUGAGGAUGCCCCUGACAAGGUAGCUGAAGCUGUUGCCACUUUCCUGAUCCGGCACAGGUUUGCAGAACCCAUCGGUGGAUUCCAGUGUGUGUUUCCUGGCUGUUAGUGACCUGCUGUCCACCCCUCCUCAACAUCGAGCUCUGUUGUAAAUACGUCGCACCAGAGGCCACUGUGAUGCCACUGUCUCCUCCUCCCCGUCCCGCCUGGCCAUGUGACACUGGCUCCCUAUAGACGGGCACCCCGAGAUGUACCAACCUUUUCAUGUAUUCUGCCAAAAGCAUUGUUUUCCAGGGUCCUUGACCAACUUUGGCUUCCCCAGCCCAAGGCUCCCCUGCGCCUUUCCCUUCCCUGUACUGGGGUAUCUCCUGCCUGCUCUCCCUGCAUUGCCUAGGGUAAAGCCUCCAGAUUUGCCAUACUGAGCCCCUCUUCCUAGCGUCAGGCGAUACACCUGAGUCCAAAUGUCUUCCCAGGCUCAGGGACCUCCAUUCCUUGAGAUUGUCUUGGCAUGGUCCAACCCUACCUUGUGAUGGACAAUGUAUGGGGUGGUCCUUAUUUUUCCCUUUCAAAUAAAACACUAGUCAGGUACCAUUUUAUCCCAGUCAUACUUUUCCAGGUUUGGAAGACCCAGAGAGGCCAAAAUCCCAUCCUUAGGCACCGGGAGGGGUGGUGGUGGGUAGCAUCACAAGAAACCAGCCUGAAAAUCAGGUCCAGCCAGUCCAAGCACAUGGCCUCCCAUCUGGGAGAGCCUACUGUCCCACUCCACAUGUCUGGGCACCUGCCCUGGGCUGAGGCCAGGCUGCUCCAGGGGCCUCUUGAGCCCUCACCUGCCACAGAGCAACCCAGGUUAAAUACAGCCCAUGCACAAAACCACAGGCCAAAGCCUAUGGAAUUGUUUUUAAUCAUCAAAUUUCACCAUGUUCAUAGCUGGUUCCUGGAGGUGUGCAGUGCCCUCUUGCCUCUUCAAACCUACAGCUUCUCUUUGCCAUUUGUGGAUUUCACGUCACUCCACAUAGAAGCGUUACAGCCUGGCAUCCCCAGUCUUUGCCUUCUUCCAGCUGCCUCGACAGCACUGCGGCCUGUCCCUAUUGCCCAGGCACGCCAUUUCCAAGGGCAGGAAGGAGCAGUGUCCUGAAGCCCAUCUUUUCUGUGACUGUCUUAAGUGAUGUGUAGCCCCCUCCAUCUUUCCACUCAACAAUCUCUCACCCCUGUCCUGCUGCAUGGUCCGGAGUCUGGGACCUACUUUGUUUUUUGUUAUUUAUGACCUUGUUUAAAGAAAAUAAAUAUCUCCCAACCUUUA